AACAAAAAACGACGCGCGAAGAAGAGGGAAACCAGAAAGAUUUUCCCCCCAUAAAAAAAACGGAAUACAAUAGAUUGAGAAAGAGGACCCUAAGUCAGCCAGUGCUGCUCUCUCGCUCUAUCCGGGUCUGAAUUCCACUUUUCCUUUGCUUUUGGAUUCAGAGUUCGCAUAAUUUCGAGUGAUCGGAAGCGGUAUAGCAAUGGGACAGCAGAGACCGACGACGCGCAGUAAAAAUAAGAGAAAUCGAUCUGAUGAUAAUGCUGAUGCUAUAGCCGACACUUUCAGGAAAGUUUUUAAGACUGGACAGGCGACUGAAGAUGAUAUAAAUCAGCUCUACAUGGUAUGGAAGCCAGUUUGUCAAGGGUGCCGUGUCAACACUAAGGAUAAUCCCAAUUGCUAUUGUGGAUUGAUUCCGCCACCAAAUGGAAGUCGUAAAGUUGGGUUAUGGCAGAAGACAUCUGAAAUUAUCCAUUCCCUUGGUUAUGAUCCAUCUGAUGACCUUCGUGCAUCUCCAGAUACACCUGCAGGCCUCACAAACCUUGGCGCGACAUGCUAUGCAAACAGUAUUCUCCAAUGCCUGUACAUGAAUAGACCAUUCAGGGAAGGUGUUUUUUCAGUUGAACUGGAUGUGUUGAAAGGGUACCCAGUCUUGGAUCAACUUGCACAACUUUUUGCUAAGUUACACUUGAGCAACAUGGCUGUCGUUGAUUCUGCUCCAUUUAUCCAGACUCUUGAGCUUGAUAAUGGUGUUCAGCAGGAUAGUCAUGAGUUCCUGACCUUGCUUUUUUCCUUGCUUGAACAAUGUUUGAAGCACUCGAAAGUAUACAAGGCUCGAACUGUUGUUCAAGACCUUUUUCGUGGAGGUGUCUCACAUGUUACAAUGUGCUCAAGUUGUGGAAAUGAAUCUGAAGCUUCAUCAAAAAUAGAGGACUUCUAUGAACUGGAGCUGAAUGUUAGGGGCUUAAAGAGUUUAGAUGAGAGUCUGGAUGACUAUCUUAGCAUAGAGGAACUUGAAGGCGAAAACCAGUAUUACUGUGAGGCAUGUGCCACUCGAGUCAAUGCUACUCGUAGCAUUAAGUUGCAUUCUCUCCCUGCAGUCCUAAAUUUCCAGCUCAAGCGCUGUGUUUUCCUACCAAAUACUACAACAAAGAAGAAGAUCACUACUGCAUUUUCUUUUCCCGAGGAAUUGGAUAUGUCACAAAGAAUAUCUGAUCAUUUGCAAUCAGAUUUAGUGUAUGAUUUGUCUGCUGUAUUGAUCCACAAGGGCUCUGCAGUAAACAGUGGCCACUACUUAGCACUUGUUAAAAAUGAUAAAAGUGGGCAGUGGUGGGAAUUUGAUGAUGAACAAGUUUCACACUUAGGUUCUCAACCAUUUGGAAAAGGCUCCUCUAAUUCUGCUGUAAAACCUGCACAAUCUGGGCCUCAUGUGCAAAUAUCAUCAUCUGAAGAAAUCAAUCCUCUCUUAAAUUGUAAAAAUGUCAAUGAUGAUCAGCUGAGGUCUUCAGAAACUAAUGUUGUUAGUAAUGUCAAGAUGUUUUCAUCAAGUGAUGCGUACAUGCUGAUGUAUACUCUUAGGACUGCACGGAAUAUUGAUGAGAAGACAGAUAAUGGUAUUGACACGGAAGAAAUGGAAGGUUGUUCUUCCGUAUCUUCUAUGAGAACUGACAGUCCUCUUCCAUCCCAUCUUCAGCAAGAGGUUGAAAGAGCAAAUGCUUCAUAUCUCGAUUCCUGCAAUGAAUAUAGAGAAAGGAAGGAGAGUGAACUCAAGUGUAUCAGUGAGCGGCGGCAGGAGGUGCGCUCCAUCCUUUCUGAAGCCCCAGUUCAAUCAAGUGGGACCCCAUAUUUUUGGAUAUCUACAGAAUGGCUUCGUCAAUGGGCCGAUAGUAUCACACCACCAAUAAUAGACAACAACAUCAUACAAUGCAAGCAUGGGAAAGUGCCAGUUUCAAAGGUGAACUCUAUGAAAAGGUUGUCACAAGCAGCUUGGGCCAUGCUAUUGUCUAAGUAUGGUGGAGGUCCAACACUGUCCCAGGAUGACCAUUGUGUUGAUUGCCUCCUUGAAAUGGCUCAGACAAUGGCUCGUGCAGAUAGCUAUAGGGAUCAAACAGCUCUCAUGAAAGAAAUUGCAGAGGCAGCACUUGCUGGAAAAUGCCUUGAUGGCAAACAGUUUUACAUAUCAAAGUCUUGGUUGCAGCACUGGCUACGUAGAAAAAAGGCAGACUGUCCGAGUGAAGCUGAUGCUGGACCAACUGCAUCAAUUAGAUGUCCCCAUGGGGAACUUUUGCCUGAAUUAGCUCCUGGUGCUCGCCGUGCGCUGAUUCCCGAGAAUCUGUGGAUCUUUUUUCAUGAGACUGCUAUGGCGGUAAAACCUGAUGAUACCUUGGGUUCUUCAACUUUCCCUUUAGACUCGGCGGAAUGUUCUCAGUGCAGUAUUGAACUUUCCGAACAUGCAUUCUUUGAAGAUAACUUAAGAGAGUUUAGAAUGAAACAAAGGCAAAGUCAUGAGCGAUUAGCAACUGUUAGAAGUAUAUCACUUGAUCCUAGCAAUAAGUACUACUUGUUGCCCUCUCAUUGGUUAUCAAAAUGGAGAAGCUAUAUUAGUGCUAGUGGGAAGAGCUCUUCUGUUGUACUUGAAACCUUAGGUCCAGCCAUGAAUUUACUAAUGUGUGAAAAGCAUUCAAAACUUCUAGAAACGCCUCCUGAACUCAUUUGUAAGCGUGGUGUGAUUCUUCAGAAGUCACCUGCUACAGAUGGAUUGACAAUUAUCAGUGAGAAUGACUGGAACCUAUUUUGUCAAGACUGGGGUGGUCUAGAUGCAAAAGGAAUUGUAGCUGAAAUUGAGUGUGCGGAGAGUGAUUUUGUUAUAUCCUGUGAUGACAUGCCAUUAUCAGAAGAUCAUAUUAAUGUGAAUGCUGAACCUGAUACUGGUAUUGGAUCUAGAAAACCUGCCAUUAAAACUUCACCUGAGGUAUGUGAAGAGUGUAUUGGCGAAAAGGCAAGCUGCGAGUUGCUGAAAAAGCUUAAUUAUUGCAAUGAGGACAUAUCCAUCUUUUUUGUUCAUGGAAAGGAACCUCCUAAAUCAAUUUUAGAAGCACCCGGGAACAAUUUUGAGGCAAAUCGGCGAACUUCAAAGCGUUCCAGGAAGGCAUCAUUUGGCAACUCAGUAAAAUUAAAUGUUUCUGGAUCCACAUCAAUCUACCAACUGAAAAUGAUGAUAUGGGAAGCAUUUGGGGUUGUUAAAGAAAACCAGGUACUUCACAAGGGUUCCAGUGUAAUUGAUGCAGAAUCUGGAUGCCUUGCUGAUUUAAAUAUAUUUCCUGGAGAUGUUCUGUGGGUGACUGAUUCGGAGAUCCAUGAGUAUCGGGAUAUUGCUGAUGAGAUUACUGAUCAUAAGAUGGAGGUGCACAAGACUGAGGAAGGUUUUCGUGGAACACUUCUGACAUCAAAUGUAUCUCCACAGGUUUCAGAAGCAUGUAUGAAUUAGGUGAAGGUCAUACUUAACAUUCUCGAUUUUGGAUUGCAAGAGAUAUAAUGGAGAUGGAUGGCUCAUGCAUGACAACUUGUAAUGGAAGACCCACGUUUGACUCUGGGCAACUGUGCAUGGGCAAAGAGCGNGGUAUCUUCAGAGGGUAAUAUGGUUUUGGUUUGAAGUUUAACCUCAUCUGCCUGCUCAGAUCAAAUGCAGGUAGCAGAAUGAAUGUAAUGAAAAAGGAGGUUUGGGUAAGCUUUGAUCUCUCUCAGGGGAGGGGCUCAAGUUUUUUGGAUAUUAACUUUCUACCUUGUACCCUUUCGACAGUAAAUACUGUAAAUAAUGUGUUUGUGCCUUUGUGGUUUGAUGCAUAAUAUAGUUUGUUACACUUUAAAAAAAUGUUUAAACUCAGUUAGAUGUAACAGUGAUUCUGCCAUAUUAUUGAUCUACUGCAUUGAAAUCAAAAUUAUCAAACGUU